AUGAGGUUAAAUGCCCUAACACCACAGAAGAAAAUCAAAGUUGGAAAACAAAGUAAGUCAAUUCUUGCAAUUAUUCCAAAGACUCCUGAAGAGAUUGUUGAAGAAAGACAUAUGAGCGGUUAUAUUCAAAAAACCAUCGAAGCUUCUACAAAAGGAAAAGAGAAAACAAAAGAAGUGCAAAGGCGUAUUGCCGAUUUUUUCUAUGAAAAUGGCAUUCCAUUCAAUGCUUCCAAAUCAAGAAGUUACGAGAUUAUGGUUGAGGCCAUCGGACAAUAUGGUCCCGGUUUGAGACCUACUAGUUAUCAUCAGUUGUGGGAACCAUUUCUUGAGGAUUUCGUAAAUUCCAGAGGGGCUUUUUUCUUGGAGUCUAUUGAUGCAUCAGCUGAGUCGCAUUAUGCAAGAAUCUUGGCUGACCAGAUUGAAAAAAAAGUUGAAGAAAUUGGCAAGGAGCAUGCUGUGAAAAUUGUGACGGAUAAUGGAGCAAAUUAUAAAGCGGCAGGAAGAUUAUUAGAACAACACAUUCCUGGUCUUUUUUGGACACCCUGUGCAGCUCAUUGUAUCGAUCUCAUGCUAGAAGACAUUGGAAAAAUGAAUGAAUUUAAACCCUACAUUCAAAAGGUUAGGGAUGUCACAACUUUUAUUUAUCGACAUGGGAGAAUUCUCAGUGCAAUGAGGGAAAAGACCGGUGGCAGAGAUCUAGUGAGGCCGGCGACUACCCGAUUUGCUACCGCAUUUCUCACUUUUCAGAGUUUAAACAAACAUAGGAAUGAAUUGAGGCAGUUAUUUGUAGAAAAUUGUUUACGGGCAACAUUUCAUCUUUUGAUUGUUUUGAGGAUAGUUGAUGGUGAUGAAAAGCCAGCCAUGCCUGAGCUUUCUUUGGCUAUGAAUCACGCGAAGAAGAAAAUAACUGAAUCUUUUACGAACAAUAACAAAACAAGGUUGUUGGCCAAGUUGAUGGAAAUAAUUGAGGAUCGAUGGAGCGAUCAAAUGGAGGUGAAGUUAUAUGGGGUUGUACUAUUUCUAAAUUCUUCAAAAUAUUUUGAAUUGAAGAGGAGUGAUCGCAUAUUUGCUCAUGAAGAGUUGAUGGAUAAGAUUAGUGGUCAAGCAGAUGAUUACGAUAAAAUAGAUUUGGUUCAUGAAGAUAGAGAUCUUGAGUGGCAUCAUGUUGAUGAAGCCAUAGGUGCUUUAAGUAAUCUCAAUAGUUCCGACCUUCGUAGUAAAGGUGUUGGUGAAUUUUCAGGUCUGCCCAUCGUGUAUGAUUGUUGCCAUGGCCCUUCUAACAGACGUUUGAAAAAUGAGGAUGAAGAAAAUGACGAAGAUGAUGAUAUGAACAGUGAAGACUAA